AUGGCACUUGACAACAGACUUUCUCUGGGAUACCAAUGGCGCUCGUCAAGAUGGUUCAUUAUCUCUUGCAUUGCCAUUGCGCUCUUUUCAGAGAAUUUUCUUUACAGCUACAUUGCUCCUAUCCUUCCUGCUAUGCUUGAGGAUCGGCUUCAUGUUGGCAAGUCGGAGACACAAGCCGCCACUGCUCUGGUGCUUUCUGUCCCUCCCUUCGUUUCCAUGGUAACUGGUCCGCUGGUCGGCCAUUUGGCCGAUAAAAUGCCAAAUCGGAAGAGCUCUCUACUUAUGUCACUAGGCGCAGAGAUGAUUGGGACAAUUGUAACCAUGAUAUCACCGUCUGUGCCAAUACUACUAGUCGGGCGCGGAAUUCAAGCGAUCGGCGGGAAUGCAGCAUGGAUCGUAGGGCUUGCUACCCUCGCCGAUACCGUGGGACAGGAAAAUACAGGAAAGACUCUGGGCACGAUUUCAUCGUUCUUUGCGUCAGGACUUCUUUUCGGUCCGAUAACCUCCGGUAUGCUGUUGCCAUUAGUUGGCUAUUGGAUUACCUGGAUGGUUGCUAUCUCCGUGCUUGUUGUUGAUAUGAUCAUGCGAGUUGUCAUGAUUGAGAACAAACAAAGCCGAGAAGUGUACGACAAAAAGAAUACAUUAAGUGUCGAAGUCCCAAACGAUAUCGAGGCAGUGCAAGCGAAUGAUCCGAAUGAGGUCAACGAGCAAACUGCGCUCCUUCAUGUUCCAUCCUCCGAGAAUGAGGAUGAAAAUUACAGCAAACCACAAUCAGACAUGGCCACAAAUUUCAAGCCAAUUUCAGUUCCGGAACUUACAACACCAUCCGAGAACUUUUACACAUUUAUCCUGACGAAUCCUCGCGCGCUCACUGCCCUAGCCUGUCAAUGGACAAUGGCAGUUAUUCUGCUCAGUUUGGAUACCACCCUACCUCUGCAUGCCACCAGGACAUUUGGUUGGGACACUGCUGGAGUCAGCUUGAUGUUCUUGAUUUUGCAGAUGCCCUCCCUGUUAUUGGCCCCCUCCCUCGGAAUGCUGAAGGACAGAGUUGGGACGAAAAUCCCAACCGGCUUUGGGUGCCUUGCCAUGGCGUUCUCUCUUUGGCUCUUGGGUGCAGCAGCGAAUGGGUCGCUGUUCUUUGCAAGUAUCGAGAACAAAGCCCAGACUAUCACGAUGGUAGCUCUCACUGGUAUUGGAAUCGCACGUACUUUUGUCAACGGCUCUGGGAUUAUGGAGAUUACAAACCUUAUGAAAGAUGUUCAACGAGAACAGCCUAAUCGUUUCGGGCCCAAUGGCAAGAUGUCUUCCGCUUAUUCACUGACCAAUUUUACUUGGAAUCUGGGGAUGCUUAUGGGGCCCGUUAUAUCAGGCUCUCUUACACGGACUGUAGGAUAUUACUAUAUGAAUAUGGUACUUGGUACGUUUAUCCCCCCAAGUUCAUCCUUUCCAGACGCUUCCUUACUGGAAACCGAGCUCCAUCGAGCAAGAGAUGUUGAUUUCUGA